AUGGAGUUCUUCAACACCGCCAAGGCCGUCAAGCUCCGCAGCCACCUCGACAAGUACCUCGUCGCCGACGACAACCAAGAGUCCGUGCGCCAGAGCCGAAACGGCGCCUCCCGAAAAGCCCGCUGGACAGUCGAACUCGUCGACAACAAAUCCCACGUCGUCCGCCUCAAGAGCUGUCACGGCCUCUACCUCUCCGCCGCCGACCACCCCUUCCUCCUUGGCAUGACAGGCAGAAAAGUGCUCCAGGCGGAAGCCGACAAGAGCAUGGACUUCAAGUUCGAGUGGGAACCCAUACGCGACGGCUUUCAGCUCAAGCUUCGGACGUGGUGCGGCAAGUACUUGCGCGCCAACGGUGGGCCGCCGCCAUGGAGGAACGCCGUCACUCACGACGAUCCUACCACGGCCUCCACCCAGAACUGGAUUUUGUGGGACGUCAUCCAAGCCGAGGUCCCGGCUUCGGAGUAUCUCACGGAUUUUUUACUGUCGCAGCAGUCGAGUUUCUCGUCGUUUUCUGAUGAGCUUAACGGGUCGGAGUACGGGUCGCCCGUUUCUGUUUUUUCGACAAAGUCGCCUAGGCUGCUGUCUCCGACACCGUCUUCAAAUAAACUCGCUAAGCAGACCAAUUCGAACAAGUUCAGAAUCGGCAUGAACCUCUUCCAAAACGCCAAGGCGGUGCGCCUCCGCAGCCAUCACGACAAGUACCUCCUAGCCGAGGAGGACGAAGAGUCCGUGACCCAAGACCGAAACGGGUCAUCCAAGAAGGCCCGAUGGACCGUCGAGUUCGUACCCGAAUCCGAUACCAUCAUCCGCCUCAAGAGCUGCUUCGGCAAGUACCUCACCGCCUCCAACCAGCCCUACCUGCUCGGCAUGACCGGCCGGAAAGUGCUCCAGACUCUGCCCCGGCGGCUCGACUCCUCGGUGGAGUGGGAGCCCAUCAGAGAAGGCACCCAGGUCCGGCUCCGGACCCGGUACGGCAACUUCCUCCGAGCCAAUGGAGGCCUGCCUCCGUGGCGCAACUCGGUGACCCACGACAUUCCUCACAGAACCGCCACUCAAGAUUGGGUUUUGUGGGAUGUGGAUAUCGUCGAGAUUCAUAUUCAGUCUCCGGUGCAUAAACCUUCGGCCCCACAGCCUCUUCCCCAUUCCGAUUCCCUGGAAUUCGAUUGCAGCUCCCCUUCUGCUCUUUCGAUGAAAUCCGACCAUUUUUCCAGACAAGAGUCGAGUGAUUCUUAUGCGGAGUCGCCGCCAAAGUCUGAGGGGAGGAUGAUAUAUUACCAUAUAGCUGAAGAUAAUGGUGAUGUGGACGAUGAAGCAGCGCAGGGUUACUCUAUGACCUUCAAAGGAAAUGGGGUUGAUGAGUUGACUCGUAAACUGGAGGAAGAGACAGGAAUUGAGGGUCUCAUUGUGUGUGCUCGAAGCCCUUUGAAUCGCCAGCUCUUUCCCCUUCGCUUGCAGCUUCCCCCAAACAAUGUCACUAUGCAGGUUGUUCUGGUGCUGUCAAGUUCAAAAGUUGGGCAAUCUCUUGCGAAACAAGGUUUAUUAUAG